UUGAUUGACGCGUCAUCACGGUGUUUUGACUUUUAGCGCGUUUCUUGUCCAGGUAGUUUGAAGAUGGAGACCGACCCCAGUGUCAGCUCGAUGGUCAUGUUGGAGGACGAGUCGGUGGACGUCCGCUACGUGAACGGAUCCCAGUUACAAGUGUCCCCGUGCGGCGGUGAGUUCCUGCUGGUGAAAGCCUCCCACCCCUCCCUGCAUCCUCUGCAGCCCAGAGAGAGGGUCCGCCAGAGGACGAGGUUCACCAUCAGCUCAUACAAGGAGUUGAUGACAGCUGCUCUGGCGUUUAGGAAUAAAUUUGCAAGUCGACCAUACCUGCCACAGGAACUCGUCCCUGCUGAACACAAGACGUCUUGCAGUAUUGACUCAGAUGUGAUGUGGCCUGAGUUCUCCUCCUGUGAAGCUGAGCUCGGACCUGGAGGUGAAACCAUCAUCCGGUCUGAGGAGGGACGAGCUACGCUGAUGCUGUCACCCUCAGGAGAAGAAUUCUCCAUCGAGUUCCAGUGCAGACUCAGCCAGGUUCAGAAUCAUCAGCACAGUGCGGAGAGUUGCAGCAGGGAUGCGGAAUGCAGGGCGAGCAGGCAGCAGCAUCCGGGGGCGAUGUACCAAUCCACCACAGUGGUCCAGCAUCACUCGUGUUUUGCUUAUGCCCCCAUGUGGCGCUACCCUCUCUCUUUAGCUCUCCACCACUGGACGACGCGUGUUUCCCAACCUAAAGAAGUCGCAGCGGUUGGAUCCGAUUAUUCUGCCCAAGCAGACAGGAAAAUAAACAUGUCUGACAUAUCUAGUGAAGAGAGAAGGUCUUGUCUACCUCAGGCACUGGCUCUCACAUGUCUGUCCCCUCACAGACACAGGUGGAAGAGUAAAGAUGAGGACCUUCCAGCAGAGCUGAUGAAAGUGAUGUGGUGUCAAGGAGUCACCUACAGGAUACUGAGUGGAGCUGUCUCAGUCAUAGAGGUUUCUCCAGGAGAUGGAUCAGUGAUCCGAUCUAAUGGUGUCCUCAACACUUACUUUACCCAUCACCGCCCUGAGCUCCAGUCAGGGCGGGUGAAAGAGAUAUCAUACCAUCUGAAUAACCUUCCACCAGUUGUAGUUGGACAGGCCUACUCCAUAUGCUCUAUUGUGAAUCGUGCAAGCAGGAUCCUCACCUGCUAUGACCAGGCCAAACAAUCGCUGACGCUCCCUGCAACACUCAGCUGCUUGCAAGGGACCAUAGAGAGCAGAUAUUUUUCUAAACCUGCAGUGCUUGAAGGAAAUCUUGCACCUGUGGAGCAUCAAAUGAUUGUUACAGAGAGACAAGAAAACAUGUCAGAUAUUGUAGCUGCAGAAGUGGAGAAGAUACAACGGUUCAACUUUCUUCUGGAGAAUAGCCAGCUGCAAAGAGGUGAGAAAGCAUGUUUGGAGCAGAAAUGUCCUUCUGCAGAGGAGGAGACUCAUGAACCACUGAGUGAGAGCUCCAUUGCUGAAGCUCUUCAGAGGACAUCCAAGGCCAUACAGGAGAUUGAUGCUCUCGUGUCUGCAACAACACUGACUUGACGGAGUGACGGAAAGGUAGCAGGAACCCCUGCGUUUGAUCUUCCCUGGGAAGAUGUAAAGCAGUUUAACUGUUAUGUACAAACACUUGCAUAAAAUCACUAAUAACAUAAAAAAAAGACAUAUGCAUCUAUGUUUCAUGGUUUGGAUCAUUUUGACCAAUAAAAUGUUGUGAAAAGGACACCAGCAAAUCACAUUGUCAACAUACAGAGACAAACAACCAUUCAUCAUCAUAUUCAAUGUAGAGUCUCCAAUUAAUCUAACCCCAAUCUGCAUUGCUAUGGAUUGUAGGGGGGAGCUGGAGUAACUGGGAAAAAAAACACAUAGACACAAGUGACAGAGAGACAGCUGCUUGAUAAUAUAUAUUGCAAUUGAUGCAUCUAUUGAUUAUUGAUUACCAAUGGUCAAUUACUAGCCAUUUCAUGUUGAAGACUCAUUUAUACAAGUCAAUGGCCUGUAAACCAACAUCCUCAUAAUCUCUUACCAUUGUUGCUUUUUUUUAUAUAAUGAGGUUUUCUAUUCCAGAUGUGAUAGAAGUUUAAUGUGUUAAUGGUCUUUAUAGCUUUUUUAGACACAGGUAUACACAUUAAAAAAAAUGUAUAAUAUCCAUCUCUCUAAUCUUGAUUUACAUUUAUAAUUUUGCACAAAAUGUUCAGAGUUUCCCUCAACUCAGCAUCUUUUGAAAUAAGAAAUUCAAAAUACUUGACUGAGGUAUAAUGUGGGUACCAUAUGCUGCCACAAGAUGGCAGUAAUGAAUAGCUCAUUAAAGAAAUAGCAUUUUCUCAAGUUCAGAGGAAAACAAGAUGCUUUUAAAAAAUGAAUGUGUUAUUACAUUAGCUUUAAGUCAACAUUUUUAAAGGCAAAGCAUUUUCAUCCAUUUGGUUUGUCAUGACACUCAAUGGCUCACUGUCCUGCGUCUACUCACAAGAGUGAUGGUGGAAUUUGGCAACCUUGUGUUAAACCCCUGUUCAUUUAAAACCUAAGGGAACACUUAGAGAGUGAGCUGUUAGUGUCAUGAUAAAAGCAUCUGAUGACAUAUCUUAAAUCAUCUGCAGAACCGGUUCAGAUGACAUGGGGCUUCGUGGGCGAGAUCCGUUAUCUUUGUGUCAGUUACUGUUCCUGAGGAAUGUCGACGUCAUGGGUGACGUCAGAGCUCUGGCAUUGAAAAUGAUUAUCUAUACACACUAUCUGCUCUUCUUUAUAAACAUAAAUUAGAAUUUACACAUUUGGAUCCAUCUAUAUAUCUAUCUAUCUAUCUAUCUUGAUAAGUGCCUACAAGUGUCCCAAGUUUUGCAGAUCCCUAACCACAAGAGUGGGACAUUUCUAGGCAUUUUGCCUCAAUGAUAAGUGCUUAGAAGUGUCUGGCUCAUUCUGAUUGGUCGGGACAUUUGUAGGCACUUUUGUAGGCACUUUACAUUAAACAGGGUUUAUACGUUCAUGAAAAACCUGGAAAAGUCAUGGAAUUGUUUAAUGUUUAUUUCCCGGCCUGGAAAAUUGCAUGAAAAAAAUGUAAUCCCAAAAGUUUUGGAGAAGUCGUGGAAAUUUGUUAUAUUCAUAAAUUCAUGUUGUUCAUUUACCCUGAGUUUUAAAUCAUUCGGAUGCUUUUAAAAGAAAUACGCUCAAUAUAUAAGCAGGCAUACGCUCUCAAACCAAUUGAAAAGUUCGUUAGGGAAGCAGGCGGGAUAAUGCGCUAUAAAAUCAUGGAAAUCCAUUGGUCAAAAUGUGUAUGAACCCUCUAUCUAUCUAUCUAUCUAUCUAUCUAUCUAUCUAUCUAUCUAUCUAUC